AUGACGCCACAACUAUUUUCAUAAUGUGCCCCCGUGUUUGAUCCUAUAACAUCUACAUGUUAUUUAAAUACAUGUUAAUGUUUCUCUUCACCCAGACGUAUCACGAGAAUGAAGGGAACAACUUCGUAGGCGCCUACGAGAUCUUCAAGCCGUCCCUGAUCGUGCGUGACCCUGGGCUAGUCAAGCGCAUUAUGAUUCAGGACUUUGACCACUUCAGCGAGCGAAGGACAUUUGGUAAUUCCAAGAAAGACGAAUGCUUGAGAGAAAUGCUUUUUCUCAUCAACGGCAGCCACUGGAAAGGCGUCAGGUCUAUUAUGUCCCCAACUUUCACCUCCGGCAGGAUGCGUCAAAUGUACCACCUAGUGGAGGAGAAAGCAGAUGCUUUAAUAGAACGUCUUCAGCGACACUGCCAAGAGAAAUCUUUCGUUAAGACAAAGACAAUUUACGCCCGUUAUGUCAUGGAUGUUAUAGGUACUUGUGCUUUCGGUAUCGAGUGCAACUCCAUCAACAAUGAGGAGGAAGAAUUUUGCAAGAAAGCAAGUGAGCUGAACGCCAUCAGCGCGCGGGGAAUAUUACGGGGAAUAGCUCUGUUAACGCUACCUAAUUCAGUGUUGAAUGCAAUCGGGAUUUCUUUUACCACUCCACCGUUCCUGUUCUUCCAGCGCGUGGUGGAGGAGACAAUUAAGAAUAGAGAGAUGGGAGUGAAGCGGGGAGACUUCCUGGACCUGUUGCUAGAACAGCGGGAGGAGCAGAGCAACUCGAACACCAAGACACCUAAGUACCCUAUAAAAGACUCGACGAUCGUCGCUCAGUCCGUCCUAUUCCUUAUCGUGGGUCAUGACACUACAGCCGGCACCAUGGCCUUCGUCUCCUACUACCUGGCCCGCAACCCACACCUCCAGCACCGACUUCGUCAGGAACUGAGGGACAUAGUGGAAGUUCGAACAUUCACCUUACCGGACGUGACGUCCUUCACACACCAGUUCCUCCCAGACCGAUUCUUGCCCGAGAACAAUCACAAUGUGAUCAGCGGCACCUACCUUCCCUUCGGUCUUGGACCCAGAAACUGCAUCGGAAUGAGGUUCGCCUUCAUGGAGGCCAAGUUGGCAUUGGCUAAGGUGAUCUUGAAGUUUGAGAUGUCUCUGGCGCCUGGCCAUGAAGAAUUGAAAUUGUCCGUGGUGGCCAUGAAACCCACAGAUGACAUCAUGCUCGUGUUCAAGUCACUCGAAGACGAACAAUAA